AUGGAUUCAUCUGUAGAAGAACUUUUUUGUCCCGUUUGCUAUGAAACCUUCAAGGCUCCUGUUAUUUUAUCAUGUAGUCACAGUGUUUGUAAAGCGUGUCUUCAACAGUUCUGGAAAAUCAAGACAACUCAGGAGUGUCCUGUCUGCAGGAGGAGAUCCUCAAGAGAUGAUCCUCCGUGUAAUCUUGUGCUAAAAAACUUGUGUGAGUCAAUCCAGAAGGAAAGAUAUCAGACUCAGGGACGUUUAUCAGGGUCUGAGGAGGUCUGCAGUUUACAUGGUGAGGAACUAAAACUCUUCUGUCUGGAGGACAAACAGCCUGCGUGUGUAGUGUGCUUUACUUCACAGAAACACAUCAAUCACACAGUCAGACCCAUUAGUGAAGUUGCUUCAUCAUAUAAGGAUGAGCUCAGUACAGAACUCAAGUCCUUACAAAGGAAGUUAAUUCUCAGAGAGAAUGUUAAAGAGGAUUGUGUGAAGACACUUAAGCAAAUCAAGUCUCAAGCUGAGCACACAGAGCGUCAGAUUAAAGAGGAGUUUGAGAAGCUUCAUCGGUUUCUCAGAGAUGAAGAAGAAGCUACAAUCACUGCACUGAGGGAGGAAGAGGAGCAGAAGAAGCAGAUGAUGAAGGAGAUGCUGGAGGAGGUGAACAGGCACAUCUCAGCUCUUUCACACACAAUCAGAGACACAGAGGACAUGAUGAAAGCUAGUGAUGUCUGCUUUCUAAAGGAGUUCCCAGUCUUGAUGGAAAGAGUCCAGAUCUCACAGCCGGAUCCACAGACGCCUGCUGGAGCUUUGAUUCAUGUGCCACAUUACUUGGGCAACCUGCCGUUCAGAGUCUGGAAGAAGAUGCAGGACAUUGUUCAAAACACUCCUGUGGUUCUGGAUCCAAACACUGCUCAUCCAUGGCACAUCCUGUCUGAUGAUCUGACCAGUGUGAAAGGCAGUUGGAGCAGUCAACUGCUUCCUGAUAAUGCAGAGAGAUUUGACAUCUAUCCAUGUGUUCUGGGUUCAAAAGGUUUUAACUCAGGAACACACUGCUGGGAUGUGGAGGUUAAUGAGUGUCCAUACUGGUGUCUUGGAGUAACUAGUGCAGCAAACCACAGGAAGGGAUUUGUUUUCUUUAGGACUGGUGUGUGGAGUGUGCAGUACAGACUGUUUGAAGCAGCUGGUUUUCCUGUUGAGCAAAGGCUUGAGAGAGUAAGAGUUGAUCUGGACUAUGACAGAGGAACUGUGUCAUUCUCUGAUCCUGUAACUAACACACGUCUACACACUAUUACAACCAACUUCACUGACACAGUCUUUCCAUUCUUCUGUUGUUAUGGUAUUUUUCAUCUGAGGAUCUUACCAUUCAAUAGUUUAUAAAUGUUACACCUGUAGGUCUGAAUCUUCCUGUGUUCACUGGGAGUACAGUCAAAAACUCAGUGGGGUGAGGAGUGGGUCAACCGUUACAGUCAGAAAUAAGAAAUGAAAUAAAAACAAAAAAAUGUAAUAACAUUGUAAUAUUAUAACUGUAAUAACUGUACCAGCUCCAGCUUCAUGUUCAACUUACUGCAACCUGCCACUUAUAGCCAGAUGGCCACUGCAUGUUCAUUAAAAUGUAUGACAUAUUCACUGAAAAAUAUUAAAAUCCAUCACUGUACAUCACUGGAAAGCUAAUGU